GGCCGGGGCGGCAGCGCAAACAUGGAGGAGUAUCAGACCAACACCAAACAGACCGAAAACCUCGACGACCCUCCCAACAGCCGGUUGUUUGUGGUCGGCAGCCGCGCCCUGACGGAGGAUGAGCUCCGGGAGAGCUUCUCGGUUUUCGGGGACAUCCAGGGGGUCUGGGUGGUCAAAGACAGGCAGACAAAGGAGCCCAAAGGCAUCUGCUACGUGAAGUUCGCCAAGUCGUCGCAGGCCUGCCUCGCCAUGGAGGAGAUGCACGGCAAAGUGCUGGCUGAGGGGAGCAAACCCAUCAAGGUGUUUAUUGCCCAGUCACGAUCUUCAACAAACCACAGAGAUGUUGAGGAUGAGGAGCUGACCAGGAUCUUCGUCAUGAUCCCUAAAACCUUCACAGAGGAGGACCUGAAAGACAUAUUCAAAGAGUAUGGCGAUAUUGAGUAUUGCGUGAUCAUCAAGAAUAAGUCCACAGGGGAAAGUAAAGGACUGGGCUAUGUGAGGUACUACAAACCCUCCCAGGCUGCCCUCGCUAUAGAGAACUGUGACAAAACUUACAGGGCCAUCCUGGCUGAACCUCGCAACAAAGUUACCACAACAGAAGACUACUCUGCAGGACAGCUCAGAGGGGAUUAUUUGGGCGGCGGUGACCCCAUGAACCAGUAUUCCUUCCAGAUGCGUAUGUCCUGUCAGUCCUCCUUUUUU